AUGGUUUCUGAUAGUGAAGACGAAUCAUACAAUGACGAUUUUUUCUUUGAUGAUUCAUUCAUGAAUGAAGAAGCAGAAGAAGAAACAAUAAUUAAUAAUAGCGAAGAAACAAUCAUUAACAGCGAAGAAUUAAUUUCCCUAUUGUUCUACACUAAACAUAAUUUACCUACUUCUCGUAGUGGUUCCUUGCUGUUGGGAUCAGAGAAUGUCAUGACACAUUCGACAAUAUUAUUCACGUAUGGAGGAGAGCAUAUUCCAAGUAGAAUUGAAAAUGAGAAUAUUUACAUUUUGAAAUUAUCAAAUCUGAUCAAUCAAUUAUCUAUUUCAUCAUUAAAUUAUGAAACUAAUCGAGUGGAAUUAAUUUGGGAGGAAAUAAUUCCAAAUAGUGAAAAAAAACCAAUUGGAAGAAAACAUCCAUGUCUUUCCUAUGAUAAAUCUAAUCAAUUAGUUUACUUAUUUGGUGGAUAUGAGAAUGGAAAUUAUUUGAAUGACUUGUGGGUAUUUGAAUUGAAAAGUAAAAAAUGGUCAAUGAUUGAAACAUUUGGAGAAAUUCCAGUGGGAAGAUGUGGAGGUGUUGCCAAGUUUUAUUCGAAUGGAAUGUUUUAUGUGUUUGGAGGGUAUAAUCAUAAGGAAAGAACGAACGCCCUUUUUGAACUGGAUCUCAAGACAAGAGAAUGGAAACAAGUGAAUUAUUCAGAAACAAUUCCAAUCAUGACACCAAUUAGUGAACUUUCGUAUAUUUCAGAUAACGUACUCACAGUAUUGAAAGUGGAUAUUUUACAAGCAAAUAUGUUUAAAUUUAGUUUCAAUACUAGACAGUGGAUUAUCAAAAGAUAUAGACAAUUUCCUACUUCAGAUACAAUAUGCUUGUGCUGGAGAGAAUCUCAAAAAUCCAGCAACGUUGGAGAAAGUGUCUUUGCACUAUUUCAGGAAUCUGGAAUUUUUGAUAGCAAAAAGGAUAAAUUUGUGCAAGGUACUGUACAAGUUAUAGUUGAGUUUGAUGGAGAGAAGGAUAAACUCAUUCUUCAUAAGCUCCCGAAACGACUUGUUGAGAAACCAUUUGAGGGGACAUUUAUGUUUGAACUCAAUAUGUUGUGUUGGGUCUGGAUGGAUCAUUAUAUUACAGUACAACCAGUGAGAAGACCAUUAAGAAGGUUGACAAACAAGGUGCAAUUUCGAUCAUUGUUUGUGCUUGGUCCUGACGAAUUGUGCUUGUUAAGAGUGAGAGGUAAAUCGAAAACUGAAUAUUUCUUUAAUAAUUUGAAAGGAAGUACGAAAUUUUCAGAUUUACUAAUCAAAGUUCAAUAA